AUGUAUUACAGUUUAAGCCAAUAUAAGCAAGCGUUUAAUGAGAUUAUCAAGAAUUCUUCAAGUCCUACGUCGUGUAAGUUGGUGAUAUUUGUAUCCUGUCUGAAUAUCGAUGCAUUAUGUGCAACAAAGUUGCUAUCAUACACUUUCAAGAAACAGUUGGUUCAAUUGCAAAUUAUUCCAAUCUUUGGUUACUCUGAAUUGAAGUUACAUUAUAGCAAGUUGGACGACAACAUAAAUUCCGUUAUUCUAGUCGGAUUUGGUGGGUUUAUUGAUGUUGAAACAUUCCUCGAUAUAGAAGGACAGGAACGAGAAAUCAAGAGAACCAUAUACGUGCUCGAUGGUCAUAGACCAUGGAAUUUAGAUAACUUAUUUGGAUCAGAUAUUGUCAAGUGUUUCGACGAUGGUACCGUCGAGGAUUCACUGGAUGACGAGAAAAGUGCAUACUUCAAAUUAUUAGAGCUUGAGGGAGAAGCAGAUCAAGAUAGUCAAGAUGAUGGCUCGUAUGAUACUGAAGAUAGUGUUACGGAUGAGGAUGAGAGAGACCAAGAUGAUGACGAUGACACCGAUGAUGAGGAAAGCAACGAUGAUAAAAGGAAAAGGUCACAUCCAGUUGAUUCUAGAAAGAAAAUCAUCAAGCAAAGGAAAAAGAUGAUGCAUCAGUAUGAAAAUACAAUUCAAGAAUAUUACUCACAAGGUACUACAGUCGUAAACUCUAUCUCUUCCCAGGUAUACUCGUUAUUGUCAUCGAUCGGUGAAACAAAUUUGGAUGGUUUAUGGUUGACAAUUCUCGGUGUUACGUCACUAGAUAAUACAUAUUCAUCUGUUUACAAUAGAUUAUUCCCUCUACUGCAAGACGAGGUAAAAAGAUUGUCACCGAGCAGUAAUAGUACCACAGUUGCCAAUGGGACUAACCCAAUUACACCAGACGCUCUUUCAUUGGAGGUGCAGCCGGAUUAUUACCUAUUUCUCUUGAGGCAUUCCUCAUUAUACGAUAGUUUUUACUAUUCCAAUUUUGUUAACGCCAAAUUGUCUCUAUGGAAUGAAAAUGGUAAGAAGAGGCUUCACAAAAUGUUCGCCAGAAUGGGUAUUUCUCUAACAACGGCGCAUGAGCAUUGGAUCUAUAUGGACCAUUCAAUUAAGAGAGAAUUGGGGCUGAUUUUUGAGAGAAAUCUGGAUAGGUACGGUCUUCAAGAUAUUGUCAGGGAUGGAUUUGUAAGAACGUUUGGUUACAGGGGUUCAAUUAGUGCAAGUGAGUUUGUUGAAGCUAUCACUUCUUUAUUAGAAGUUGGAAGCUCCAUAGACUCCAUAACAAAAACUCAUAGUGUUGCAAGUAAGGACCCAAACAACAAUGAUACGGAGGAUACGGAAACGGAACAAUCCAAUAUUGUCAAACUAAUGGAACAAAACAGAAAACAAUGGAUAUCUAAUUUCUGGCUAAGUUGGGAUGCAUUGGAUGACAACAAAAUUGAAUACUUACAAAAAGGUUUAAAACAUGCACAAUUUUUACAAAAGGCAGUUUUCAAUACGGGUGUCGCAAUUCUUGAAAAGAGGCUCAUUAAACAUCUGAGGAUUUACAGACUAUGUGUCUUGCAAGAUGGUCCAGAUUUAUCCUUGUAUCAGAACCCUUUGACUUUAUUACGACUAGGUAACUGGCUAAUCGAAUGCUGUGCGGAAUCAGAGGAUAAGCAGUUACUGCCCAUGGUCCUUGCGUCUUUGAGUGAGGCCACCGACACUUACCUAGUAGCAGGGCUUUCACCAAGAUAUCCUAGAGGUCUUGAUAUGACAAAGACUAAAAAACCAAUUUUAAAUAAUUUUGCCAUGGCUUUCCAACAAAUUACUGCGCAAACAGGUGCUAAAGUCAAGAUUGACAACUUUGAGAGUGCCAUAAUAGAAAUUAGGAAGGAUGAUUUGUCACCUUUCCUAGAGAAACUGACAUUAAGCGGUCUGGUCUGA